AAAUAUUUAGCAUAUGAUUUGAAUCAAAACACACACCAAAAUACACUCACAUCCAUAUUGGUUUUGUAUAUCAUGUCUUCUAAAUUUAAUUUUCACAACGAGCUCGAUAAUAGCCGAGGAGUUGGAUGGAAUGUCCGAGUUCGUCUUCUACGCGUGUGGACAAAGAUGGAUUUCAAUGAUGAUAAUGAAAUCUCCAUGAUUGAGAGCGUCUUAAUCGAUGAAAAGGUCAAUAGGGUCGUUGCUGAAAUUAAAAAAGACCUAAUAUACAAGUUUCAAGAUCCCAUGAAGGAGGGAGAGUACAAACAAAUAAGUCAUUUUGGUACGGCUACUGACAAAGAGUUCCAAAGAUAUAGUGAUAACAAAUACAAAAUAAUAUUCAAACGCAGUAUCAAGAUUGCGACAAUUCCUGAGUUUGUGGAUCGUCCUUAUAUUGGUGAAUAUGGUUUUCAGUUCCUGAAAUUUGCUGACAUCAUAAACAAAAGGAUGUCAUAG